AUGUCUCAAGAUAUAAUACUAACAGGUAAUUUAGAUAUGCUGCACAGCUUAUAUGACUUCAAAGCAACUUAUGCCAAAACUUUAAGCUUUAAAAGCAACGAAUACUUUUUAUUACACCAGACAAACACAAAACAUAAGAAUUGGUGGGAGGUCAUCAAUGAAAAAGGUGAUAUGGGCUACAUUCCUUCCAAUUAUGUUGAAACAGUCACAGUGAAUCCUUCCUUCUAUAUCCAAUUCCUAGAUAGCUGCUUGGAGCACUUGAGGAAAGAUAAUCCAUCAGAAUGUACAAUUGGAGACAAAAAUGAAGUUAUAUUAAGAUUGAAGGAGUUGAAGAGACAAACAGAGCAGCUUCCAGAGGUAUCUAGGAACUCACUUGGAGUUGACAGUGAUGAUAUGCCACCAUUAUUGUUCAAAAACUCGGAUGGCAAGUUAGAAACUAUCAGAACCAUAUCUACUACUAGCAGUUAUUCUUCCAAUUUAUCAGAACUAAGGCAGUCUUCCAAAUCUAUUGUAGAUGACUCAGUACACAAAGACACACCUACCAUACAGAAACAAGAAUCAAAACCUGAAAUUUAUAAUGGUAGAAGGAAAUCUGAGUCUAACACUACCAUUUCCACAAACAGUAAUAUUUCUCCAGCUAUAUCACAUCAGUCUGUAUAUGAUUUGGUAGAAAAUGUUAGGAUCAAUACCCAGCUAUCCCAUGAAAUGUCACGUAUAGCAUUAGUCACAGUUGUUCAAGGACUCCAUGAGUUAUUGCCAGCAUCAGUGUUUCCCUAUUUGAGUACAAUUUUGUCUCAUUCUCAAACAUCAUUGGUUGAUGAUGUGCAAAUUGACCAAACUCAUGAUGCUAGUCGCCUAAAGAUUAUAUUUAAUGAACUGACUUCUUGUAAAGAAGAUUCUCAGCAACGUAGCUGGAUGUUACAUGAAGAUGAAGAUGUCAUCAAGGAAUAUAUUGUUGAACUCAUUUCUAUUUUGUCAAAUGCUGAUGCUGGUAUAUCGAGACACGUAAUAUCUUCUGACCAAUACCAUGUGAUCACCGUCCUCAUUCAGUAUUACCAGAUGGAAGUUAGAUGGUCCAUCAGGCAGCUGCUUCUGCAGGCUUUCGGAGUGCUCUGCAGCCUGGACAAAACUGUCAUCAACAUCAUGUUGAACUCAGUUCUGCCUGGAGAAUUGGCGAGAGAUAUAAUGUCGAAUCCUAGGAACAUUCCGAAACUGAACUACUCUUCUUUGCUUUUGACGAUGGUUUUCUCUAUGGGCGAACCAAUGCCUGUCACACAUUAUGAUUUACUAGGAAAGAGAUUUUUGGCAUUCAUAUUAGACAAUAUCGAAUAUCCCCCUGAUACCGACUUGGACGAACAAAUACCAGACUUGUUCCUGAAUUUGGUGAUUUCGUUCAACCUGCAAUUUUCCGAAGAAAUUGAAAAUCCAGUCUUGGCUGCUUUGGAAGAUAGGGAUGUUGCUAAAAGUUUCACGGAGAAAAUAUUACUGCUCAUCAAUAGAGAAGAGGAUCCUGUGAGGAUCUUUGACCAUGAACCUGCCCCACCACAUUCCCUUUUGAAAUUGUUUAUUGAUCUCUUCAGUCGACGAUCGACUGCUGAUUUAUUUUACACCAAUGACGUCAAAGUAUUGAUUGAUAUUGUAGUGAGGAAUAUUUCGGACUUAUCACCCGGAGAUACGAGGAGACGACAGUACCUUGAACUAUGUAGAAGGGUCAUGAGAAACACAAACUAUGAAGAACAUAGACACAAAAUCGACGAUAUAUUGAAAUGUUUCACUCGAAUUUUUUGCGAAGAGAACGAUCUGAGUAAAUUUGACCAGAAACUAGUCAGGGAGAUAUCCAACGAAUUUCCACAUAUGUUCAAAUAA